AUGAAUAUGAUGAUACAGAGGACGAAGGUUAAAUUUGAGAGAGCUCCGACAGUGUUCAUCAUGAUUGUGAGGAUAUCAUUCAAGGACUUCCAGGACUUAGCCAGCUUGAAUACCCUAUACAUUCAUUCAGAUAAUAGGAAUAGGAUAGUGGAUGAAGUACAGGAUAAUAGGAAUAGGAUAGUGGAUGAAGUACAGGAUAAUAGGAAUAGGAUAGUGGAUGAAGUACAGGAUAAUAGGAAUAGGAUAGUGGAUGAAGUACAGGAUAAUAGGAAUAGGAUAGUGGAUGAAGUACAGGAUAAUAGGAAUAGGAUAGUGGAUGAAGUACAGGAUAAUAGGAAUAGGAUAGUGGAUGAAGUACAGGAUAAUAGGAAUAGGAUAGUGGAUGAAGUACAGGAUAAUAGGAAUAGGAUAGUGGAUGAAGUACAGGAUAAUAGGAAUAGGAUAGUGGAUGAAGUACAGGAUAAUAGGAAUAGGAUAGUGGAUGAAGUACAGGAUAAUAGGAAUAGGAUAGUGGAUGAAGUACAGGAUAAUAGGAAUAGGAUAGUGGAUGAAGUACAGGAUAAUAGGAAUAGGAUAGUGGAUGAAGUACAGGAUAAUAGGAAUAGGAUAGUGGAUGAAGUACAGGAUAAUAGGAAUAGGAUAGUGGAUGAAGUACAGGAUAAUAGGAAUAGGAUAGUGGAUGAAGUACAGGAUAAUAGGAAUAACUAA